AUGAGAUGUAUUAUUGAGCCCUGUUCUUUCUUUUUUCAUCCUCAGCCACUUGCUAAUAUUCCAAAAUGGAUGAUUAGUAUGAAGGACAGAGAAGAUGAACUGAAUGAGAAGAUAAGUUUUCUCAGCAGUUUUGUUGCUUUAUUUAAGGAUCAAAUUCUCACUGACAUACAAAUCAAGCCUGGCAAUGAAGAUGGACCUUCCAUAUCUGCACAUAGAGCAUUACUGGUGAGUGGUGAAUCGCAAGCACAAAAUGAAUAUUCAAGAUCGGAAAUAUUUAUGAACAUGCUGGACUCAGAUGCGUGCAAAGCUCCUGCAAGCGACACCAUAAUCCUCCCUGAGUUAAACCAUCAAGAACUUGAGUCCCUAUUAGAAUUUCUUUACAGUGGAAGCUUACCUAGUGAAAAGCUGGAGAAGCAUGUCUACUCAUUGGCCCUUGCAGCUGAUAAAUAUGAUAUUCCAUACUUGCUCAAAUUUUGCGAGAGGCAUAUGCUUAGAUCCUUGAACACAUCUAAUGCUCUUGAUGUUUUGGAAAUCUCUGAUGCUUGUUCCAUCAAAACACUGAAGGACACUGCCUUGAAUUUUAUUGUGAAAAACAUGGAGGAUGUUGUUUUUUCUACCAAAUAUGAAGCGUUUGUAGCUGAGAAUCCACAUUUAGCGGUGCAGGUUACCCGGGCUCUUUUGAUGGAUGCCAAAAAUAGAAGAAUUAGUGGAGUUUGA